CACAUCUACCACCCCCUCUCUCUCUCUCUCUCUCUCUCUCUCUACACACACAUUCUCUCUCUGAACAGCCGAUGAAGAAGCUGAUCCGACGGCUGUCUCGCGUGGCGGACUCGUCGCAGUACUCGCUCCUCCGAUCCGACUCACGGGCGUCGCCGUCCCUCGUCGACGGAAAGUCGCGCCGUUCGGGAGCCCGAUCCGGCGUCGCACCGGAGGGUCACAUACCGGUGUACGUGGGCGAAGAGAUGGAACGGUUCGUGGUGAGCGCAGACCUCCUGAACCACCCGAUCUUCGUGACGCUGCUCAACAGAUCGGCUCAAGAGUACGGUUACGAGCAGAAAGGCGUGCUUCGCAUACCCUGCCACGUCGUCGUUUUCGAACGGGUGCUCGAAGCGUUGCGAGUUGGAGAUGAGUCGGUUCGAGAUCUUCUCAACGCCUUGUAGCGGAAUCAAUGUCUCCUUGGCUUCUCCUCAAACUCCUUUUUUAUCUUUUCUUUCUGGUAUUAAAGUGAGAUUGGAGCAGCAGAUGAUCUUAAUUGGAUCUGUUUUUUCGUAGGAAUUUGUAUAUACACUCUGCGAUUGAAAGUGGAAGUGAAAGGGAAGGAGUUGUAUUAGGUAGUGCUUUUGGUGUGGUGUAAAGAGAUGUUGUUGGAGUAUUUUAUACUACUCUUCUAGUCUCUAGUCACUGAAAUAGCUAGGAAUGAAAGAUUACUGCGUUUAAAUCUGAUAAUUUCUAUGUUCAAUUUUCAUGCA